AAAAAAAACCCAUCUCGGCAAACCCAAUAAUCAACAAGGGUUUCUAUACAACGACGAUGACCGCCGGCGAAGCGGAGAAAAGCGCGGCAGAGGUUGAAGUAGACGACCAUGACGGCGGCGCUGCCGUCGAGGCGUGGAGCUGGGGCGCCGGCACCGACGGACAAUUGGGCACCGGCACUCUCGAAGACCAGCUCCUUCCUCAACCCCUUCACCAGUUCUCGGACCUUCGAAUCUCUCGCGUCGCCUGCGGGGGGGCCCACUCCAUUGCCCUAACCGUUGAUGGUAAAGUGCUUACGUGGGGAAGAGGUACAAAAGGCCAGCUUGGACAUGGCGAGGUAGUUAACUGCUUGAAGCCAAAGCAUGUUGAAUCCCUUGACCGCUUUGUUAUCACCAAUGUUUCUGCUGGAUGGAACCACUCUGGAUUUGUUACAGUUUCUGGGCAUCUUUUCAUGUGUGGAGAUGGGUCAUUUGGACAGCUUGGAACUGGAGAUCACCAGUCACAUAGUUCCCCCACUGAAGUUUCCUACUUUGUUUCUGAGCAUGUGGAGCAAAUAGCAUGUGGGAUGCGGCAUUCUCUUGUCCUUGUGAGGGGACCUCAAGAAAGUAUAAUUUAUGGUUUUGGUUCAGCAAAACAUGGUCAAAUUGGGGCCUCUGAAUCUGGGUCUCACAAAGUGAGAUCGUUUAAUCUUCCCACACUUAUUUAUGGCUUUGAGAAUCUUAAAAUAGCUUAUAUAUAUGCUAAUGGAGAUCAGAGUGCUGCAUUAUCUGCUGAUGGCCAGUUGUAUACAUGGGGCAGGGGUUUUGGUGGGAGCUCAAGUAAUCAUUCCCCAUGUAUUCUGCCUUCGUCUUUGAGGUUCUCACAAGUUGCUCUGGGUUGGAAUCAUGCUUUGUUAAUAGCUGAUGGUGAAGCAUAUAUGCUUGGUGGGAAGCACCAUGGAUUGCUUAGUAGUUCUCAACCAUUGAAAAUAGAGCAGCAGCCUUCUACUUCAUCUGCUCAGUAUACUUUAGAUAAUUUAUCUUCUCAGUCACCUCCUCUAGAGAGGAUACAUUGCAUUGGGGAAGAAAAGGUCGUGUACAUUGCUGCAGGUGCUGAGCAUUCUGCUCUAGUGACUGAGAAAGGAAAAAUAUUGACAUGGGGAUGGGGUGAACAUGGCCAGCUUGGGCUUGGAAACACAGAUGACCAGACUAUCCCCCAUACUGUAAACAUCACAUAUAAAGGACGUACAAGUGAUCAUAUUAGAGUAUAUUGUGGCAGUGGAUUCACUUUAAUGAUGACAAGCCCAUCCCUUAAUUUAAGGCAUGCAUAUUCAACAUCAACAUGGCAUAAAGCUUGGUUUUUUCUUUUACUGUCAUGAUUGCUGCACGAGAGAGUAGCAAAAUUCAUGAGAGCUCCAUCUACUGGUCUUGGAUGGGAAGAUGGUCAAUCUUUGCAUCAGGAUUGAUCAAUUCCCACCUCCAUUACAUUUCAAAACAUCAUUAAGAAUAUGAUCAUAGGUACUGAAGAGGGAACUUUGCUUUGAAAAAUCAAGAGAACAAAUCUCUAUACCUUUGUCCUAGAUAGAUGGUGAAGGAUAAUGGCCACUAGCUGUGCUCGGCACAGCAUGCUACCCGCAAAUAUUCUAGAUACCUCUCUGAAGUCUGAACACCUGAAAAGUUCCAGUCUUUGGCACAUCCUGCGAUAGUGUAAAUUCCUUCCGAUCAGGUAACAUAAUUUUCUGUAAGUGUACUGAAAUAUGUUUCCAUUUGUUUUUUUUUUCAAAAUUUUGAUGAAUAACUCCAAGUCCUUUCACUGACAUCCCAUCUUUCAGGUCUGAAAGUCAGUGGAUUUCUGAAGUUCUUUGGGUCAGUGUGAAGGAUCAGGGCCAUACUAUGACUUGCCAUCCUUUCAGUGUUACAAAAUCUGUAAUGUUCCCUUAAUUUCAGCUCUGACAGAAGUAUAGAAUGAUAUUUAGCCUUAUAUAAUUCAUGAACUUAUCAACAUAUUCAACAUCUCCGAUUGAGAUACACAAUGCACUGAGGGAAAUAUUUGGCACUCUUAUGGUUUCUUCUAUCACCUAGACGGAGCAGAAAGAGUACAGUCAUAUGCUUCUUGAAAAUGGAAUUAAUUUGUAACAUGUUGUAGAACUAUGAAAAAUUGCUAUUCAACUUUUGUAGUGUGCUUCAAUUUUUUUGAACUAUCCUCCAUAGUUAUAACAUCUUCAUUAUUCUCCUUCGUCAUACCUGAAUUUUUUUUCUUCCUGAAAACUCCAUAAACAGUUAACUAAUUUGGAGUUAAAUAUUACAUGUUGAGAGGACCAAUUAAAUUUGUAUCUGAUAAGUACCGCUGCAUUUUUGUUUAUUGGUCAUGUAUUAUGUUUAUAUAAACUCCUAGAUUGAAAAGGAAUCUUGUUUGCUCUCACAGACAUCAUUAUUUACUAUUCUUAAUCUUUUUUUUCCCAAUAAAAAAAGACAAACAUAUCCAUAAAGAAGUGAACAAAACGAAUUAGGAACAUGUGGGCUAAUAUUUACCCAUUCCAUAACGAAGACAACAUCACCAAGCUUCUCAUUGGAGAAUAAAUGCUCACUUUGUGAAAAAAAAGGAGAAUUUAGUGAUAGAGAUUUCAAAAUGGCAACAUCAGAAGUCUGAAAGCUCAUAAAGCCGGUGGUAGUGGUAGUCAAGGAAGACUGCAUCCAUUUAGGGACCUAAUGAGUAGCCUAAGGCAAAACGUUUGUCCUCAGAGCCACUGUUUGACAUCUUGUUAAACUGUUAAUAAGAGGCAUAGCUGUGGAGAUAUGAGGGAUGAGGGGAAAAGAUAAGGUUAAUUGAACAUAGAUCCUGUGUAGUACUGUUGUUUUGAACUUAUUGCCCCUGUAGUUUCAUUGUUGCAGCUAGACUCCCUGGAUUAUUAUUAUUAUUAUUUUUUGUUCUUUCACCUUUGGUGAAAUUUUGGAAAAUAUUGUCCAUGGGUGAAAUUAGUGAGCGUAUCUAAGUGUAGUGGGCCUGAAGCAAUUUUCCCUUGCUUUUUAUGUGUCUAUUUGUAAUUUUCUUGGAGGGACAGCUUUCUUGUUUAGAAGAAAACCCGUAAAUUGGAAAGAUCAUGCCUCUUCUCGUUAUUUCAUUCUAGAUAUUCCCAAUAAACAUUAGAGAUUACAUCCAUCUUAGCAUCCAUUGAUUUAUAUCAUAACCAUUACAUUCAACAAACUUUAGUACAUAACGCAAACUCGUCCCUGAAACUAAAAUAGACAUGUUAGACAUCACUCAACAUGGCAUUAUAGAUUGACAUCUUCUUUUGCUAUCAAGGUUUCUUCACCAGAGUGAAUCUAACUUCAUAACAGCUCCAUCUACUGGCCUUGGAUGAGGAAGAUAGUAAAAUUUUGCAUUAGAAUUGAUAAAUUCUCACCUAUAUUUGAUUCAACAAAUCAUUAGAAAUAUGAUAUCAAGUGCUCAACAGGGAACUUUAGAAUCAAAGAGAAUGCAUAUCCUAUACCUGUAUCCUAGAGAUAGCUGGUGAAUGAUAACGUCCAACUAUAGUCGGACUAAUCUUUUACCUGGACAUAUUCUAGACUCCCCUCCAAAAGUCUGAAAACUUCCAAAGCUUUGGACUAUUCUGCAAGAGUGACAAUUUUCGAAUCAUUUUAUGUAAAUUUACUGAACUAUGUUAUUUUUUCAAAAUUUGAUGAAUGAUUCAGGACUGAAUUGUUUUCUUAAUCAUUUAGCUCUCUUUAAUAUAGGUGACGGACCCUCCUUGUUAUAAUUUGUAUCAGAAAGAAUUUUGGGAUGA